CCCAAGCCGAAGCCGUCCGUCGCAAGCGGCGAAGAAGUCGGCAACACGGAGCGGCGGCAGGAAGGGGAAGAAGAAAGGAGCAAACAACGCGAGAGUAGCAGAGAGACUCCGCGACAACGUGGGGAGGGGGAGGAUGGGGUUCAUGCUGCGGGUGAGGCUGGCCUCCUUCUUCGCCGGCGCGGCCGCCGCCGGAGCCGCCGGGGGCUUCCUCCUCUACAAGGACUACAAGCUCGCCCACGACUCCAUGGCCCUCCAGGUCAAAGGUCUACAAGACCAUGUGGACGCCCGUUACAAAGCUCUUGACAAUCGACUUGCAACAUUGGAAAACCAGAAAACCAGUGAGGCUGUUCCGGAUGUGGGCACGGGAUCUGACUAGUUUGUUCAUUUUCUGGCUUGAGUAUGGAUGAUUUACGCCUGUUUACUUUAACCCGUGUUAUUGUCUCUUGGAGGCAAAAAGCCGAUGACUGACUACAAAAUAAUUUAGUGAACAGUUUUUGUGCGGCAAUGAGGCUCCUGUAGUCGUAGAUGCCCAUCGGAAUAGCCCAUCUUGCAGACGCUUUCACGUCUGCGCUGAACCCGGACAAGCUCGAUCAUUU